AUGCUGUUCCAGGGGCUCCAGGUUCUGUGCUCCACCGCAGCAGUCUACGGGAUCGGCACCCUGGGGCUCAGGCUCUGUAGCUCGAGGUCCUCGGCCUCCCACAGGUGUGGGCGAAAGCCUACCAACUCGGCCGGGGACCAGCAGGCGGCGGUCUGCUGUAAGGGGGUCUCGGGCGACCAGUCCCAACUGCCCAACCCGCCCGAGCCCGGGAGGCGACGCUGGGAGGACAGUGGAGAAGGCCGGGGACAGCCGCUUUUGAAGGAUUGCUUGAGCUUCAUUCGCCCUAAAUCGGAAUACCUGCACCAUGAGCGUCUACAUGACGCAGGUGCAUUCGAGACACGCUCAGUCACCGCACCCUGCGUCCCUGCUUCGGAUCUUCGGAAUCCCGGACAUCGGCUCAAAACUAGGAACGAAUAUGGGCCGCUGCUUCUAAGCCAAACCCGACAGGUGAGAGAAUCCGGAGCGGCAAGGGGAGGGACUACGCCUAGGUUUCACUCCUGGUGGCCACCUAUCCUGACCGGGAUGUAG